UUUUGUUAAGCCCAAAGAGACCCAGUAAUUUUAUCUUUUUUAAAAUCUAGGUUAGGUAUAUGUUCCUCUUUCUUUUUUGAAUUUGCCGCUGCUGUUAUCUGCUUUCUCCACUUUCUCAGGCUAGUCGCAGACUCGUAGUCCAAGUACUCCUCGCAGUCACCAUGGGGAAGACACGUGGUAUGGGAGCUGGUCGCAAGCUGAAGUCCCACCGGAGAAGACAAAGGUGGGCUGACAAGUCAUACAAAAAGUCCCACCUUGGGAAUGAGUGGAAGAAGCCAUUUGCAGGAUCUUCUCAUGCUAAAGGCAUUGUUCUUGAGAAGAUAGGUAUUGAGGCUAAGCAACCUAACUCUGCCAUCCGUAAGUGUGCUAGAGUUCAACUAAUAAAAAAUGGAAAGAAGAUUGCUGCAUUUGUGCCAAAUGAUGGUUGCUUGAACUUCAUCGAAGAGAAUGAUGAGGUGUUGAUUGCUGGAUUUGGACGUAAGGGUCAUGCUGUUGGUGAUAUUCCUGGUGUCAGGUUCAAGGUUGUGAAGGUUUCUGGUGUCUCCCUUCUUGCUCUUUUUAAAGAGAAGAAGGAGAAACCAAGGUCUUAAAUUUUAUCUUUUAAUUAUCUUCUAUUUACUGUAUUAAAUGUUACCCAUCUUGCAAUUUUGUCAGUUUUGGUACUUCUGCAGGGUUGAUAACAACCUAAACCAGUUCUUUCUGUACUCACUGUGUCAACCAUUAUAUGAGGAAUCUGUGUUUUUGGAUUACCAUAUA